AGAUAAUGAAUGCUAUUUGUCAAUUGAUUUUUUUUUUUUUUUUUUUUUUUUAGUUGGUACCAUUAUUGAUCUUAUCACUCUCCUUACCGGAGGCAACAUUAAAAGUAUCGACUUUAGAAACAUUUAGUAUGGCUAUUACGGAAGCACCUGAAGUGAUUGCCAGUAAUGUCCAAUCAUUGAUUCCUGCAUUAUUGAAAUUAUUGGAACCUGAAGCAAAUAAUUUGAUGAAUGUUCGAGUGGCGACUUUAAAAUGUCUUGGACAAUUCCCUUCAAGUUUAUCUCGUGAUGUAGUACUGCCACAUACUUCCUAUGUUAUCAAACAAUUGGGUAAAACUUUGGAUGAUAAAAAACGAAUUGUACGACGAGAAGCUGUUGAUUGUCGAGGAAAAUGGUAUACAAUUACAAGUUAAAAUAGUUAGAUUUUUGAUAUAUAUUAGUUAAGUUUAAUAAUAAAAAUAUUACAAUGACUUUUUGAGACUUGUCCAACCAGAUCAUUCUUAUAGAGUUGGUCC